AUGCCGAUUACAGAACGUCGGGGCACUGAAAUGCAAGCACACCGCCCAAGAGUCGAAGACACAUUCAUGGAUGGCUUGUCAACUAUUGAUGGGACCGGUGCCACCAUUGGCAGAAGUGCCCCCAUCUCGGGCAUUCCCAGAUUCUCGGAUCCGUAUCAAAAACGCCAAUGGAUGCUCGAACGUAUGGCCGGUGCUUUUCGAGUUAUUGCUCGCAAGGGAUACGUUGAAGGUACAGCUGGUCACAUCUCGAUUCGUGACCCAGUCGACCCUGACACCUUCUGGAUCAACCCUACAGCCAUCUCACUACGUCCUGGUAUUAUUAGCCUUGCUCGCCAUUUCGGUCUGAUGAAAGUCAGUGACAUGGUCCACGUCAAUGUUAAGGGAGAAAUCAUUGGAGGAAAUCACGCAUGUAUCAACAACGCAGGUUUCAACAUCCACUCCGCCCUUCACGACGCCCGACCCGAUGUCAAUGCAGCAUGUCACUUCCACAGCAUCCACGGCAAGGCAUGGUCCGCCUUCGGGAGACCACUAGAAAUGCUCAACCAAGACGCGUGCACAUUCUUCAAAGAUCAUGCCGUCCACGACAUGUUUAGCGGCAUUGCAUUCGAAGCCUCAGAAGGAGAGAGAAUAGCUGAAGCUCUGGGCAAUAAUAGGUGCGCUAUUUUAAAGAACCAUGGUCUUUUGACGACAGGGAAGACGGUUGACGAGGCGGCGUUCUUAUAUACCUUGAUGGAAAACUCCUGUCGUAUCCAGCUUCUCGCGGAAGCUGCUGUAGCAUCGGGAAUUGAGAAGCACCUCUGUCCUGACCCCGAAGCUGAGUAUACAUACCGGUUGACUACGCCUGAGGCCAUGUGGUUGGAGUUCCAGCCGGAUUACGAAUAUGAGUUGGCUAUGUCGGGUGGGGACUUUCUUUUGUGA